AUGACAGGCCAUUCACAUCCAGUCAUUUCGCUGUACUAUCCCCAGGUGCUUACGCUCCGACAGUAUCUCUUGCAGCAAAUACCCGUUUCUUCCAAGUCGCGUCGACGACGGAUUGCGUCGGUGCGCGCAGACGGCUCUGACGCGGAGACGGAGGGAGACCAUGGCCUGGCCAAUCUACUGGAUAGAACGUUGGUUGGUGUCUCAAAAGAGUCACCACCUACGUCUACCCCGGAGAAUCGGCGCGAGUUGGCGCGCUUCAGUCAGUCGCAGUCAAGAUCAGUCGAAGAUAGUAAUGUCGGACCUGUUUGUGCCCAGACGGAGAUAGUAGACUUCGUCAUAUCAGCGCUGUUCAACCGUAGCGGUUUUUCUAGGCCACAACAUCUCUUGACCCAUGGUUUUCAACGUGCAUGUGGCCCCCAACCUCCAAAGAGGCAUAAGAGUUCCCCAACAUGCAGUAUCCCAGGGAUCGCGGCUUUAUACCGCAACGAUAACGUCGAAGCUCUUAAACAGUCUCCGUGGACCGAUGUCCUCAGUCUCCUAGGCGACAAUGGAGAUGAGAUCAUGCUGAGACUUCUCUUCGACUGCGGCAUAUUUGUAGCCAUCGACGAGAGGGAAGGCAUCUACUACCAACUCAGUGGGCUCCCACUAUCGACACUUGAACCGGUACCCAAGAACGUGGCACAAGGAAACGGCCCGGGUUCUAAAACUGUUGUCUUUCCGUCCAUACAGCGCGGCCCGUCGGCCCCUGUGGGUGGCUGUAUACCUGCCACGGUUAAAAAUAGUAUACCCGGCCGCAGGGAGACUCCGCAGAAACCGAACAGCAUUGUGUUUUUUCGCCGACGCAUGCUGUACGCGCGUCCCGCCGUUAAUUCGAAGGGCGAUGUUCAGUUUGGCUUGACCAGUCGUCAUGUUCUCAAUCGGUACCCUUCGUCCAGCUCCUUCCCCGACACAUUGCAUGUCUUGAAGUACAUAUUUCCGAGGCAGUUUGGUCUCCACAACGUAUUCACUUCCGUGCCCAAUAGCCGUGAGACCAGUCUUCCUGUCAAGGAUUAUUUCUCACGCGAAGAAGAAAUCGCCAACGCAGGGAAACAAAGGGGCUCAAACAAGAUACCAAAGAGACUUCGAGGAGGAAUUAUAGAGCUGGCCCAACAUCUGCAGAAUCGCCACAAGCACUGUUCAUAUGGUGAAUUGCUGAGAUAUUACUGUGCCCCGAAAUCUGAUGGACCGUGGAAAUUUGGACCAGUCGGUUCCCAACCUGAGAACCCUGAAGAACUGCCGUUGGGGUCCGAGCCCUUGACAACACAGCUACGGCCGUUCAAUGAAACGAGGACGCUAUUGCCGAAGGAUACUAGAUACACGCAGGAUCAGAAUGUCUCAGUCUCUCCAGAGGUGACAGAUGGGUCAACAGUAAUCAGCUCGAGCGGAAGAAUCAGCUUGACUGACUAUGCCACUCGUCCAUCUGCAGUAUCUGCUUUUUGCCGUGCAGUGUUGCGCAAGUUAAUCCCUCCGCAGUUUUACGGCACUGGCCGGGAUAAAACCUGCAAUCGUGACAUUUUGAUGAAACAUGUAGACCGGUUUGUGCGCAUGAGACGGUUUGAGAGCCUGAGCAUCCAUGAAGUCUGUAAGGGUAUCAAGGUUGCAUGCAUGUCCUGGCUGGAACCUCCAGGCGUUGUGAGGCAGAAUGCGUCAUCUCCGGGGAAGCUGUCAAUGACCGAUCUGCAAAAACGCACGGAGCUAUUGCACGAAAUCGUUUACUACAUAUUCGAUUCGAUUUUAAUCCCACUUAUCCGAACCAACUUCUACGUGACGGAGUCCCAGACGCACAGAAACCGGAUCUUCUACUUCAGACACGAUGUGUGGAACCAAUUGACCCAGCAACCACUGUCUAAUUUGAAGGCCACCAUGUUUGAAGAGCUCAAAUCAGACAAGGCCAAGCAUAUCCUCCACCAGAGAGCUCUUGGCCAUGGAUCUCUACGGCUUCUCCCAAAGACGACAGGCAUCCGUCCAAUCCUCAACCUUCGGCGACGCACGAUCAUGAAGAGCAAAUGGGUCGGCAGGACAAAUCGCUUCCUGGGACCUAGUGUGAACUCCACUGUGGCCCCUAUUUACAAUGUGCUGAACUACGAAAAGCUGCAUAACCCGGCCCAGAUGGGGUCAUGCGUGUCCUCGAUGGGUGAUAUCCAGAAGCGCGUGAAGGAGUUCAAGCGGCAGUUGCCUUCCUGCAACGUCCCCUUUUACUUUGUCAAACUCGACAUCCAGUCGUGCUUCGACACCAUACCGCAACAGAGCCUAGUCAGAUUCAUUGAGCGUGUCAUCACGCAAGGUGCGUACCACAUGACGAAGUAUGUGGAAAUGCGACCCCCGAAUGAGUUUGGAGGCCCAUGGUCAGCGAAUCAGCAGCAGAAAAACAAAGCUACUAGGAAGUUUAUUGGCAGGGCGGCCCCUACAGGGAAACCCGAGCAUCUACCAGAAGUGAUUGCUGCCGGAGGCGCAGGUCGCAGACGGAACACCGUGUUUGUUGAUACGCCUGCCCUGAAGGAGUACACGGCGGAAGACCUCCUUGACCUGUUGAAUGAGCACGUCAGCAACAACCUGGUCAGGUUUGGAAAGAGUUAUUUCCGACAACGCAACGGAAUUCCACAGGGAUCAGUUCUAUCCAGCAUCCUGUGCAACUUAUUUUACGCGGAAAUGGAACGCGAGGUUCUCGAUUUUCUCCUACCUGAAAAGUCUUUACUCCUCCGUCUUGUCGACGACUUCCUAUUGAUCACCCCGGACUCAGCACUGGCAACGCGCUUCCUGCAGGUAAUGAUCAAGGGACAGCCGGCGUACGGUAUCUCGGUGAACCCAGCGAAGAGCUUGGUCAAUUUCGCUGCUUCGGUCGAUGGCGCCUAUAUCCCGCGUUUGGUUGACACGUCUCUGUUCCCCUACUGCGGAACACUAGUCGACACUCGCACACUGGAAAUCCACAAGGACCACGAACGGAGCCUCGAAGGCGGCCAUUCCGCUGCGGCAACACUCUCUGACUCGCUGACCGUUGAAGUAAGCCGCGCUCCUGGUCGUUGCUUUCAUCGAAAGGUCUUGACUUCCUUUACGCUUCUCAUGCACCCGAUGUACUUAGAUACGACCCACAACUCCCUCGCGGUUGCUCUCUCCAAUCUCUACGCCAACUUCUUGACCACGGCAAUGAGAAUGUACUGCUAUAUGCGGUCGCUGCAGGGCCGCACGCACCCCACCCCGGAUAUCAUCGUGCGAACAAUCCGAGACCUGAUACGAAUGACUCAGCGUCUUGUAGAGAGAGCACAGGAGCGGCGAGAGCGAGACGAGAGAUCGGGAGAGACCGCGGCGACCUCCGCUGGUGCGGUGCAUCAGUCCCAGGUCCAGUACUUGGCUGCUACGGCGUUUCGCUUUGUGCUGGGUCGCAAGCAGACGCGGUACGCGGGGGUGUUACGUUGGCUGGAGGUCGUGGCGAGGCAGACGCGGCCGGUGUCCGACCGAAAGAGGAUGCAAUUGACUCAGGUGGUGAACCAUGGGAAUCUGGUGUAUGGGGAGUGGAAGUUUUAG